AUGGCCGACGAUUCCCUCUUUGCGCGCCAGUACAUUGACUACGUCUACGUACCCGGCUUUCUCCUCAUCAUCGGCACCGCCAUUGUCAAGGCCUCUUGGGUCAUCUACGCCAUUCCCGUGGCCCUCCUCUUUGGUGCCUACAACUUUUGGAACUUUCGUGAGUCGCAAUCCCUCAGAAUACCCUCCUUUUCUGCGCUGCCCUGCCUGCGCGAAAUCAAAAAGGUCCUCAAGCCCGACGUCUUCCAAGAGUUUGAGCUCCAGGAAAAGACUGUCAUCUCUCACAAUGUAGCCAUCUACCGCUUCAAGCUCCCCUCGUCCAAGUCGGUCCUCGGGCUGCCCAUCGGCCAGCACAUCUCCAUCGGCGCGCCCCUGGUACAGCCCGACGGCACCACCAAGGAGAUUGUGCGCUCCUACACGCCCGUCUCGGGCGACCACCAGCCGGGCUUCUUUGACCUGCUCAUCAAGUCGUACCCCCAGGGCAACAUCUCCAAGAUGAUGGCCUCGCUCAUCGUUGGCCAGACGAUCCGCGUCCGCGGUCCCAAGGGCGCCUUUGUCUACACUCCCAACAUGGUUCGCCACUUCGGCAUGGUCGCUGGCGGCACCGGCAUCACCCCCAUGCUCCAGAUUAUCCGCGCCAUUGCCCGCGGCCGCGAGGCCGGCGACCGCACCGAGGUCGACCUGCUCUUUGCCAAUGUCACCCCUCAGGACAUCCUCCUCAAGGAGGACCUCGACGCUCUCGUCGCCGAGGACAAGGGUAUUCGCGUCCACUACGUCCUUGAUAACCCCCCCGAGGGGUGGACCGGCAGCGUCGGCUAUGUCACGGCCGACAUGAUCUCUAAAUUCUUCCCCAAGCCUGCCGAUGACGUCAAGAUCUUGCUCUGCGGUCCCCCUCCCAUGAUUAGCGGUCUGAAGAAGGCCACCGAGAGCCUCGGCUUCAAAAAGGCCCGUCCCGUCAGCAAGCUCGAGGAUCAGGUCUUUGCCUUUUAA